GGGAUGGGGGUUAUAAGCAAGGAAGAAGAACAGGGAAAUUUAAGAGUGUCAGAGUCACCGAAGUUACGGGGUUCACGAAGAGCAAAAUAAAACAACAAAUAAGCCGAGAAUGCGAAAAGAUCGGCCUCAAUGAAGGAUAUAUUAAAUAGGGAAUGAACCCCGCGAGAUAUUUUAAAAAGAGAACAGGUGGACGAGCCACACGGUUUCAUAUAGUUGAAGAGGGGAGUAAGAUGAGAAUACUCGUCGCCUCUAGACCACUCGUCAAUUAAUCGAUGCGUUUGCCCAGAGAGCAAAAUAAAGCUGGGUUAGGAUUUAAGGGAGGACGAACUCGUCUGGUUUUUUUUAUCUUUUUUCUUCCCCUCGCGCACACACAACCAUCCAUCUACCCGCUUCCUUUCCCUGUCUUCUACCCACCUACCGACCUAUAUGGAUGGGCGCGAGGGGAUUUCACUCAAUAUCGUUAUAGUAUGAAUCUGCCACUUUAGCGUUCGUGCGUGCAACAAUAAAAGUUAGGGAGCGGUCUUUAUUGGUUUUGAAAUAUACUACGCAUAGGUCUUAUUUCAAUAUACAUGUGUUUACGAAAACAUUAUAUCUAGAUUAUACUAGAGAUAUAU